AGCACCAAUAUAACGGUGCCAGUUAUUAUGCGAUGGUAACUUAUCACGUGUUCUUACCGUCCACGCUUGAAGCGAUAUCCCCAAUCGCUAACUUCAUUAGUUAUCUAAAGAUCCUUGCACAAUGCCGGGCAACAGGCAAUAGAAACUGGGAAUAGGAACAGAAUUUCCGACGAAUCACUAAGAGCGCCAUAUAAAAUCAAAUCACUAUGAUUGGUCAGGUACAGGGAACAGAGAAUAGAAAUCCAAUAACAUCGGAAAUUCUGUUUCUAUUCCCUGUUCCUAUUGCCUGUUGCCUGGUAUUGUGCAAAGGCCUUAACUCUCGCUCAAAGACUUCACUCUGUAUCCGCGUGUAACGCCAGAAACGUGACUCUCUGCCUUGCUGAUUUUAUUGUGCAUAACACGUCGAAACGAAGAGAGAGAAGAUUGACGUCGUUUUCCAGCAGUCGCUUUUCGCGUUCACAUCAAUUUUUUGCUGAAUUGAAAAGAAAACGAUAUUCGGAAAUCGACAAAUUAACGGAAUAUUAUCGGAAUCGGCACCGGAAUUAGUUCGCUGGAUUUUUCAGUUGAUAAAUCAAUUCUGUUUUUAACUAAUUAAAACCGAACUUCCAUUUUGAGUGAAUUUUCGAGUGUUAGUGGUAACGAAAGUUGAAAAGGAAACCGAAUCCAGUUCCCAUGGCGGAAGCGAGUCAUCCUUCCUCGAUCAGUUUUCUUCCGCAGGAAAUAAAACGCCCUCAAUAAAAAAGGAAGGACUUGGUUCGUCUCUCGAUGAUACCUCUGCUCGAUUCAAUCGAUCUCCUUGUUACUCGAUAUUAAUGACGUGACGGAGCUUGGCACAAAAGUUUGACGGAAGUUGUAAACAGACAUCACUAUUAAUUAAAAUGAGUGGAUUCUCCGGUGAUUGCAGCAUGCAACCGACGCAGGAGAUCAGAGUCUAUACGAGGCGAUGGCAGAUCCUCAUCCUCUUCGUGGUGUACAGCGCCAGCAACUCCAUGCAAUGGAUUCAAUACAGUAUUAUUUCGAACAUUGUAACGAAGUAUUACAACGUUUCGGAUUAUACAGUCGACAUGACGAGCAUGAUAUACAUGAUAACGUACAUACCGUUGAUAUUUCCCGCCAGUUACCUGCUGGAUAAUUUUGGCCUCAGGUGGACGGUGAUUAUCGGGGCGUUCGGGACCGCCAUCGGUUCCUGGAUAAAAGUGUUCAGCAUAGCCCCCGAUCGCUUCUGGGUCACGUUCGUCGGACAAACUGUGGUGGCGAUCAGCCAAACCUGCAUUUUGUCCAUUCCAGCUCGACUGGCCGCGGUAUGGUUCGGGGACAACGAAGUCAGUCGAGCCUGCGGCAUCGGUGUCUUCGGCAAUCAGCUGGGUAUAGCUAUCGGUUUCUUAUUUCCGCCGAUGUUAGUGCCGAACAAGGAGAUCUGCGACAUCGAGAGGGGGCUUCAACGUAUGUUCUAUACCGUCGCGGCUUUCACGUCGUUCGUGCUAAUCCUCAUAUUACUCCUCUUCAAGUCGGCACCGCCUUUGCCACCUAGCUCCGCUCAAGCUGUGCAAAGAGAGAAAUCCGAGAGCAGCAGGGAGGUGAAGACAUUUUUUGAGUCUAUCACGAGACUGUUCUUGAAUCGCGGUUAUCUGCUACUUUUAAUUAGCUACGGCAUCAACGUCGGCACCUUUUACGCUAUAAGCACCCUCCUGAACCGACUUGUCAUCAAACAAUUCCCGGACAGUGAGGAGGAUGCCGGUCGAAUCGGCUUGACAAUAGUUUGCGCUGGAAUGGUGGGCUCCAUUGCAUGCGGUAUUUUAUUAGAUAAAACACACAAAUUCUGGUGGACGACGGUAGGAGUAUAUAUUUGUUCCUUGGUGGGUAUGAUAAUCUUCACUUUCACCCUGGACAAGAACGUGGGGAUAUACGCUAUAUACAUCACGGCUGGCAUUUUGGGCUUCUUUAUGACCGGUUACCUACCGGUUGGCUUCGAGCUCGCCGCGGAGCUCACGUUCCCGGAGCCGGAAGGAACAUCGACGGGUCUGCUGAACGCGGUCGUGCAGAUCUUCGGCAUCGCUUUAACCCCACUUUAUCGUUACCUGCUUAACGUUUGGGAGGAUUUUUGGGCAAACGUCACUCUAUGCGGCAUCCUCGCAGUUGGCGUUUUGCUCACGACUAUAAUACCCAACGAUCUGAGACGUCAGAAAGCGAAGGCUUGACAAUCCGACUUGCAGCAGUCGCCGUAACAAGCGACGAGUUUCUGCGGUUGGAACGAAUAGUUCUCGACAAUACUCCCUGUAACUUAUUAUCCUAGUCCAAUUGGGACUUGACUUAUCCCUCGAAUGUAUGCCGUGUGUCGGAAGUACCACUUCUCCGAGUCACGUGUAUAUUCAUCCAAAGAAGAUAUAUCUUUUUCGAAAAAAGGACUAGUAGGGGUCUAAACAUAGUUGAAUAGUAUGAUACGAAAAGCGUUUACUUUUCGUAGGACUUCCAGAUUCUUAUUUUAAUAGAGAGAGAUUUAACACUUAGUGCGCCUAAGUGCCGAGAUGCCUAAUGUUGUUGAGAGUUAAAGAGAGGUUUCGAAUAAUAGACCAAUAUUUUUAUGGAAAAUUGAGAGCCGGAUUUUUAUCGAAAAAUUCGUAAUAGAAAGAUAAUGGUACAAUUGGCUUUAAGAAAUGGCGAGAAAGAAAGCUAUAUAUGUAUAUAUAUAGAUAUAUGUGUAGAUAUAUAUAUUUUUGUCGUCAUUGUUAUUAGAUAUAGCAGAAACAAAGUGGUCUAACAAAUAUGUGUACAAACGACGAGGAAAGAUCGUCGGAAAAUUCUUGAUCCUGUUAUACUAGUUGAACUUUUAAUCUCAGGCAAUAGUAUUUAGACGGUGUUAUGCAGUAACGAAUUAACUGUGAAAAAUAGCGAAUCGACGAUAAAUUAUCAUGAGAUAAUAAUUAUAAAAACUGAUAGAAGUUCAUAUUGCGGAAUUAUAAAUUUUUAAUCUAUAACAAUUGACAAUACUAUUAAAUGUUUAUUUUUUAUUUUUUUAAAUUCCCACGUUCUAAUUUUGUAGUCAAGAAAAUAAAUUACUUAGCCCGAGUAUGCUAAAAUAUGCUAAAGCGAAUUCAUUGUUGCAUAAUGUCUAUUUAGAAGAUGUGUUUAGCUGUGAGUAUACAAAUUGUUAUCGGGCAGAUACUACGCGAAACGAUAGACGUAGUAAUUAAAAGUGAUAAGCGUAAUGGCAGUGACGGUUCGAGUUAUAGCUUUAUUGCGGUAAUAAAUGAAUGUUAUAAUAAUGCGUAAUAAAUAGAAAGAAUUAUUUCAACGAUGAACAUGAGAGAAAAAGAGAGAGAGAAUUCCAUCUCUAUUAUCGCGGCAUUAAUUAUGUGGUGUCUACUCUAAUAUAAAUCAUUGCAUUAAAUGAUAAUCAUGCCAUAUAACGAUCGUAACAUUGUAAUCGACACGACAUGUGAUUUUAUUACCGCAAGCUUACUCUUGCCUGUGUACUAAAUCUACAAUGUGCCUAGUUUGAAUCAGUGUCAUUCACGUGGAACCUGAUUUUUAAUUGCUUGGUUGUUCAGCUUGUGAUAAAAAGUUAUUUAAUUGAAGUUUAGAGAUAUAUAUUAUUUUCCUACUUCGAAUAUACGUGUACAUAUACAUAUAUACACUCCUCUGAAUAUAUAUAUUUUUUCGAAAGACAAAUGUUUCAUUAGGAUGUGUAGCUAUUUAUAAAAACCUCGAUUAACCGUGACGUCCAUACAGAUGAUAUACUCACACGCAAAUAUUAUAUAUCUUAAAAACGAAGUUACUAUAGCAUUAAGAGAACGUAAAAUUGCGCUUUUUUCUGUGUUCAUUUCGUGUGUACUAUUAAUUUAAUUUUAAAUUCUAAAAGUGAAAGCGCAAGAGUAUUUACGUUACGUUAUAUUAAACAUGCUUCUUCAAGACCAUACGAAUAGCUAUUACACCAGAAAUCCUGAAGGCGUCCGCCUUCGAAUCAGUGACAAACAAAUCGUCUUCCAAUGUGAUGUUUCAUCAUUAUAUUUUUUUAGGCCAUUUAUUGUGUGUUCCCACAAAGUUGUUCUAUUUUAUAAAUAAAAUGUUAAAACUAU